UCCCUCCGGCCAAACCCACCGCCGCCUCCUCCAUUACUUCCGUCGCACUAAUCCCGCCGGCCGCCUACACCAUCCCCGACGAUGAAUCCGUGCCGGCCACCACAGCGGCCUCCCUCCCCUCCGGUUACCCCCGACCAGUGCUGCGUGUAUCCUCCCGCUGCUCUCUCUAUCUCCUCCCAUGCUCUCUCUCUCUCACUCUCUCUCUCUUCAGGAGACGGCUGCGUGAGAUGGUGAUGUCGGAACCAUAUGUUGUGGUUGGGGUUGACGGUGACGACGGUGGAGGCCGUUAUCGGUCAGUACGCACGAGGCGAAAGUGACGACCCACUAACAGAGAUGGAACACUUUUUUUAUGAAUCACAAAGAGGGGACCUAACUUUGUUUUCAUGUGUACCGUUUUUAAAAAGUACGCAAUAGGUAUAGAAGAUAAAAAUGAAAAAAGUUGGAAAUAAUAAUUGAAAAAAAUAAAUUAUGGAGGACAAUUAUAAAGGAAGAUGGAAGCCAAGGAUUCAGGUUCUUUUCAAGCUCCCUUCCAUGGAGAGCAACCAUACUCAAGAGUAUUUCAAGAAGCUCCUCAAUACGAGAAGAGUUCCCUCCACCACCCGAGAUGAAAUCUGAGUUGGAUAUCAUUAGAGCCUUCCAUGGAGAAAUUUGGAAGAGCAUGCUCUAAUGUGGCUUACCGACCCCUCCCCCUCUCGAUUUGAAGCAAGGAGAGAAAGUUGAGCAAGGUUGCGCACAACUUCUUCUCUUAAAAUUUGGAGAGGAAGAGGAGGUUGAAGAAGCGAUCAAUGAUGACCGUGUGGAGAAAGAAGAACUCAUCUUAGAGAGCUCCCAUGGUGAGGAUGACCAAGAGUGUCUUAUUUUCAACACCCACACCUUUUCCCAUCCCAAGACCAACUUGAAAAUACCUAGUCAAGAGGGUUGAGUAGCAAGAUGACCUAAUCAACAACCUUGCAUGAAAAAUUUCCCUCCAAUUUGGGCUUGAAGACAAGGAUGGAAAGGUGAGAGGAGAGGUCGAUGAGGAAGAAGUGAGCACUAAGGAGGAAACUCUUGAUUGUUUCCAAGAGGACAAACAAUUUUUGAAGAAAAAGGAGAGGUUGAGGAAUAAUUUAGUGCAUGAUCAAUGGAAGAGGUCUGGAUGGAUGAACCUUCUACAAGUUACAAGUGAUAACCAAAUGUUUCCAUGCAACCCUAAUGUACCUCUCGAGAAGGACCCAUUUAUGACAUCUCUUUUCCAAGCCAAGGCCACACCAUCAUUGAUCCCUAUUGGUGUAUGUGAUGAUGACCAAUCCUUGAUGUCUUACAUGGGGCAAGAGAAGAAAAAGAAGGAAAGAAGAAGAGGUAUCAUGGGUGGAGGCUCAAUUCUCAUCAAGUCCACGAGCCACCAUCAUCACUUAUCACACCAAAUGCUUGUGACUUGCGCCUCCACAGCACUGACAAGAACCUCAACUUCAGGGAGGUUUUGAGAUGCAUUGAAAUAUAGGAGCAACCGUCCGGCUCAUGACGUGAAAGAAGCGCUUGUUGAUAGGCAACCCAACCCAUUAGUUUGUAUUUCUGUUUCGUUGGCGAAACUCGCGCGUUCAAUGCGCUCUGUUUUCAAGGAAACAAAAAUACAAAGUCAGCAAAAUCGUCAAAUAUCCGCCGCCGAAUGUCGGCGCCGUUGAUUUGAUCGAUUAUACAGAAAUCAAGACGACCGUCAAAUAUCCACCACCGAUGUCGGCGAUGUUGAUUUGAUCGAUACACCUUUGACUUCUAAUCAAACAACCGUUAUUCGGUUCACCACCUCUCCAAACUACGUUCGAACGAGGGUGUUCGUCGAAUAACCAGAAAAUCGAACCAGGAGUUCUAAGUUACGUUACCUCUACUCCUAUGGAGGUUACUCUGGAGAGCUCCGCAACUACGACUACAACGACUCUGCAAAGGAGGUCUUUGACAGAGCGGUUCUACGAAACUACAGAGAUAAACUGAUAGAUCUGCGACGGUGCAGUUGUGAUUUGAUUUUGCCGUCCCGAGCUUCUCUCUCUUCCCAAUCUUUAUACUUCGCGCUUCUCCCCGUCGUAGUAACUGCCUUGGCGCCUUUGUCUCCCACGUCUUCAUUCCUGUCAACCGUGCAGGUAACUCUCUCCUUGUUGCUGAUAAUCACAUGCCCUCGAAACCGCUCCUGAAACCGCUCCUGCUUUGCAAAAACUUGGCGAAACAACCUACAACCAUGUCCCUGUAACGAUGCCGUUUCACCAAUACCACGACAUCGUCUUUCACCAACUGAUGCUGUUUUAUAAUCCAACUCAACUGCCCCAACCCGGUUUAACCAACAGCAUUGUUAGUCAAUCAAACAACGUCGUUCUCUACUCUUGCGCCGUCGUUGGGCUUGGCGGGCUGCUUUUGGCCGAAUUCUUACCACUACCGCAAUGCCGUUUUACUUUUCCGCGGCAUCGCUUUUCAUUAAACAACACCGUCUAAAAUAAUCAUAAAAUACUAAUUAAUUAAACCAGCCCUCAUUGUUAACUCGCCGUCAAACUCUCACCCAUCGGCGUCGUUCUUAGUUAGACAACAUCGUUUCCUUAUCCUGCGAUGUCGUUGAACUUUUGAGCUUCGCGACACUGUUUUAAUUUUAACACUGUCGUUUUGACUGUUGCGGCAUCGUUUCGCGGUAUCUUUUUUAAAUCCGCGGUGUCGUUUCUUUCCUCUCGCGGCGUCGUUUUCAACUAAACGACAUCGUGCUAAAUAGUCAUUAAAAUAUUAAUUAAUUAAUCCGGCCAUCACUAGCUAUGGCCAACGACAUCGCUAGCGCCUUUGUUUUUCCCUUUUGCGACAUUGUUUGUUAUUUUAAACACUGUCGUUUGCUAAUCCGCGGUACCGUUGGGCUUACUCGCGGUACCGUUUAGCACUCCGCGGUGCCGCUUCUCCCUAUCCAACAAGAAAUAAAAAAAAAUAAUAAUUAAUUAGAGCAAACAAAAACUCCUUCCCCAACACUCAACUAAACGCGCGGCUCCUCUUUUGUUUUUUGGUAGCGGUACCGCUGAGCUUCUUUGCGGUACCGUUUUUCUGUUUCGCGGUACCGUUUUAACUCUCAGCGGUGCCGCCGCUUGUCGCGGUGCCGUUGAGCUUUGAGGUUCGCGGCACCGUUUUAUCUCUUCGCAGCAUUGCUUGACUCCAAACGGUGUUGUUACUCUCCUCCUCCGACAAGGAAAAAUAGAAUAAGAAACAUUCCUUGUCCAACAGCAACACAUGUCCUGCGCAUGACUCACACAUGGUCUGUAACCAAUGUCGUUUCAAGUACCGCGGUACCGCCGAGCCUCUUCGCGGUCUCGCUUAAAUUCUCUGCGGUAUUGCUCGACUCCAAACGAUAUCGUUUUGGCCAUGCGGUAUCGAAUUAAAUGGCGAGACUCAUU